AUGGCAUCGGAGACGGCAGAAAUUGAACUCUUCUUCACAGAGGAUGCCCAACUCACAAAGUGCAUGCGCAUGCGGGCACAUAGCCUCCAGCAGAGGAACGCCAGACCCCAGGACGGCGAGAAGCUACUGAAGGCCAAUGAGUACAUCUACCGCCUGGACUUCGGCAGGCAGAGGCUCAAGUUUAUGCAGUGGAAAGUCGGCCUUAAAACACCUGGAAAGGUUGUGAUCACCGGGACUUCCCAACACUGGACUCCAGACCUCACCAACCUCAUGAACCGACAGCUCCUGGACCCAUCAGCCAUCUUCUGGAAAACUGGACAAGCUGACAUUGAGUGCAAUGAGGCCGAUGCCCAAGAGUUUGGGGAGAGGUUGUGCGAUCUGGCCAAAAUCCGCAAGGUCAUGUACUUUGUCCUCAGCUUUGCGGACGGCGCGGAGCCGGCCAACGUCAAGUGCUCAGUGAGGUUCAAAGCCUGAGGAGACUGGACUGUUUGGUGCUAUAAGCCGGUUGAAAUCUGAGCAGCUGCAAUCAUUUAACGCAGAGGUAUUCAACAUU